CGGCGGCUGGUAGGGAGACUUCAGAGGAACCCGCGGGAGCAGACACCGUCUCCAAGGUGACCAUGACGGAGGAGUCUCACAGAAGCCCAGCAGCGGAGAUCUCAGUCACCAGCAACGGAGACACAGACCAGAGUCACGAAGAGGUGUUUCAGAGGGACCUGUCACAUGCUGUGCCCUCUGGACCAAUCAUGUCGCAGACUCACGCCAUCCCUGACAAGUUAGGAAUGACUACUGAAGGCAUUGUUGAAGUGGGACCAUACAGAGGAUCAGCAAGCCAGCCCACGACCCCCACCGUGGCUCCCAGUCCUGCGGCCGCUAGCCGGCUAGCUCGGCCGGCAAGCGAUAGUCAGGUGGAGAGCGGGACAGAUGCCAAUAAAGGACAGGCAAAGAGUGGGGCUCUGGUGCUGGCAGAUGACAUGAGAAACCCAGCGCUCGAGAAACUGGAACUGGUCAGAAAAUGGAGCAUCAACACGUAUAAAUGCACUAAGCAGAUAUUAUCGGAGAAGUUGGGUCGCGGUUCCCGGACGGUGGAUCUGGAGCUGGAGGCUCAGAUCGAGGUUCUCAGAGACAACAAGCGGAAAUAUGAACAUGUGAUCAAACUGGCACAGACGCUGACCAAUCAGCUCACACAGAUGAUGCAGACGCAGCGGCAGCUGGGAGACGCCUUUGCAGACCUCAGUCUCAAAUCACCCGAACUGCAUGAGGAGUUUGGAUAUAACGCUGAAACCCAAAAGCUUCUGGCCAAAAAUGGAGAAACUCUCUUAGGAGCCAUCCAGUUCUUCAUCUCCAGCGUCAACACGCUGGUGGACAAAACCAUCGAGGACACUCUGAUCAAUGUCAAACAGUACGAGGUCGCCAGGGUGGAAUAUGACGCUUACCGUACUGACCUGGAGGAGCUGAAUUUGGGCCCACGGGACGCCAACACCCUGCCCAAGAUCGAGCUUUCCCAGCAGCGCUUCCAGAUCCAUCGUGAGAAGUACGAGAAGAUGCGGAAUGACGUGUCAAUCAAACUCAAAUUCCUGGAGGAGAACAAGGUGAAGGUUUUGCACAACCAGCUGGUCCUGUUUCAUAACGCCAUCGCAGCGUACUAUGCUGGAAACCAACAACAGCUGGAACAGACGCUCAAACAGUUCCACAUCAAACCCAAAAUGCCCGGAGGGGACACCCCGUCCUGGCUGGAGGAGCACUGAACCGCUGCCCCCUGCACUUAGAAUGAGUUGGUA